AUUCCGCAAAGGCUCAUCAAAGAUGGCCGCGCCGUCUACGCCGUUCCUGCCGCUCCUGCGACGAUGUUUUCCUCGUUGACGACGCGCCUGGCUCGCGGCGGGUCAGCGGACUCCGCGCUUUUGCAGACUCCGCUUUCGUGGCUUACAAACGCGUCGCCUCUCGUCCGGCUUCAGAUGACAACGAGGCGUUUUUCGUAGCGUCAAACGAAUUCGAAGCCGUCCGGAACAACUCGACACUACUACUGCUACUACCAACAACCUACAGGCUACGUUGCGGUGGUGUGUCUUCGUUCGCUCCGUGCCCGACGAGGGUUUGAUGUGCCAUGCAGGACGGUGACAGUGAAGGUGAUGGUGGUGGUUGCUACAUCAUAGCGUAGUAGUUGCACGCGUCGAAUCUUGCUCUACGUCGCAGCCUCAUCUAAAAACCAACCCAGCCUCCUCGAUCGCAUACGCGCCUUUUAAUAGCCGACGAAGAAGGAGGAGCGAUGUCAUCGAUAAGAAGGGGGUUCCCUCCGUGGCUCUCGUCCAAAUCCUGCGGGCAUUACGACCACGCAUCGCCGCGUCAUCAACGUCGAUGCCGAGGCGGCGUUUUUUGAUUGCGAUCGCCUCUGGCGAAGAAGAAACCCCCCAGAUCGUCUAGCUCGGCGCAGCAUCCGUUGGCGAGGCCGAAAAAAAGGCGGCCGCUCCUAAAUUGCUUCCCUCCCGAAACUUUAGCCGACGUCGUCGGCAGUUUACUUCCUGUUACGGGUCCGGAAAGAAAGAAAAACAAGAAAGAAGUGCCAGGGAAGGAAGAAACAGGCUUCCAGCGUUAGCUGUAGAAGCUCCGGUAGUGUGGUCGACCAGAUUCAGUGCUUUGUGUUGUUAUUUUUUUCUGUCUUGCGUCUCUUCUGUCUCCGUUGGAAAGAAGACCCUCCUGUCUCCGGCUCUGCGGGUUUCACGGAUUGUGCGCGCUAAGAGGAAUUAAGAAAAAAAAGCAAGCACUACGCAAGACGGACUCGUGUAAGACAAGCAUGUAACGGACCAUCACGUCACCGCCGUCUCGGAGUCUUCUUUCUUGGAGACUGCAUUGCAAACAAAGCGGACUCCCCCUCUGUUCCCAAGUGGGCACACAGUGGCAGAAGAGUCCGCCACAUUUACUGCGCCUAGGCCUGAAUGACUGCGUCGUCAUGCUAGUUGCCAAAAUGCGGCCAACGAUGGCCUUCUUUGCCAUCGCCUUGGCGGCGGCGGCGCUGCCCAUUGCCACAUCGCAAACCGAUUCCGAUAAUGGCUGCCUCAGCCCAGUGAACAUCAACUUCACUUCGGUGGACCCAAGCUCCUAUGACUUUCAGUCACUUCGAGUGCCGGAAGCGAGUGGAAUGGACCACCUGUACAGCCUUGUGACGCACUUUGCAUCGGUCGUUGCUAAGCCUGGAAUUCCAAAAGAACUUCUCGAGGAUGACCGGCUGUUUAAGGAUCCCAUUUCCGUUGUCUUGACACGAUGGAAAGAGUUUCCCAGCAUCUUCAAGGGCCUGCUCAUCCUGCUGGCCGUGGGAAUGUUCCUGGCGCUGGUCGUGCCGUUUGUCGGUGUGCUGGUUCUGUGCUGCCGCUGCUGCUGCAAGAGGUGCGGUGGUGCCGAGAACGUGCCGGAGGAGAAAGGAGACGCGACCAAGCGCGGCUGGCGGGGCGUGCUCCUCUUCAUUCUCGCCGUCGUACUGCUCUUUGCAGUGGUCUGCGCGUUCGUCACCAACGCAUUCGUUCCAGCAGCGGUAGUAAAGCUUCCUGACAGUAUUGACCACUCUGUGCACGACAUUGUGGUUGUCGUGAAUAGGACUAAAGAUGAUGUUGAUCAUCUGCUUGUGAAAAAUUAUGCGGAGUUCAAGUUCCAGUUCGAGCAGCGACUGAAUGUGUGCACCCACCAGGUUGGCGACGAUGUCUCCGGGAUCAUCACACAGUCCCCAGCCUUCCAACUCAAGCAUGUGGCUGACAACGUCGAGAAGCUGAGCUUGGAGGUGGACAACAUCACGGCCGUGGCGAAGGAAGCCAAGGACGUCAUGGCAAACAUAGAGAAGUCGGUCGAAAGCGUCAAGAAAUCUGUGGAAGAGGCAUCCAAGAAGUGCAAGGAGAAAAACGGUGGCUCCACCUGCGACGAUAUCGAGAAACACAAGAAAGACCUGGAGUUCAAGUUUGAGAACGUGAAUUUGGAUAAGAUACAGAAGGCCAAGGAUGACAUUGACAAGCUGGAGCCUGCCAAGCUCAAGAGUGAAGUUGACAAGGCCUUGGAUACAGAAGAGAGGAGAAAAGACAUCAUGCAAAAAGUCAACACAGCAACAGAAGAAAUCCGCACCAAACUCGACGAUGUCGAAAAAACGCUCCGGGAUACGAGCAGCAAGUUUGACCUGCAGCUCAUCUCCAACCCGAAGGUUCUCGACGUGACAUCCAUUCGGGACACUUUCGAGGAAGCCAACAAGUACGUCGCAUACUAUGGCUACGUCACCCUAGCCAUCGCCUGCGUGCUCGCGUUCGUGCUCGCCUGCUACGUGCUCGGCAUGACUUGGGGCGGCUGCGGCUCCCGCGAGGGCUCCUGCAACCGCAAGACUGGCGGGAGCUGCCUGACGACCGGCGCCGUCCUGUUCGUGCUGGCAUUCUUCGUGCCGAUGGUGCUGUCGACGCUGAUCCUGGCCCUCGGAAUCGUGGGGCAGCGAGGCGUCUGCGACAUCGCCCGCGACCCCGGCAGCGAGCAGUCUAGGACGCUCAUCGGCCAGGUCGCCCAGGCGGUUAGCAAGGAGGUGGGGCAGAUAAACGCCACGACCAUCGAGGAGAUCGUAGUGCGCUUCAGCGAGUGCCGCAACAAGUCGUACAGCCUGUUUCAGUUGCUUGGCAAGGAGCUGGUGAUGAACAUCACCCGCCAAGCGGCCGGCGGCCAGGCCGGGAAGGGUUCGGUCGACUGGCUCUGGGGCGAAGGUGAUGUGGCGCAGAUCGACAUCGACAAGGGCAUAAAGGACUUCGAGAAGACCAUCAACGACAUCAACGUCGACAGCAUCGUGCCAAAGGAGGUUGAUGACAGGAUCGAGCAGCUGAGGAGCUUCAGCAUUAACAGACGGGACCUUUCAGAUUUGAAGACCAAGGUCAAUGAUGCCCACCUCAAGUUUAACUUGGCUGAGGUGUUAACAAAGAUGGAGGAGUUCAAGUCUGGAAAGACUGGUGAGGUGUUGACGCUCCUGAACAAUGUGACUGAUGAACUCAAGAAGCUUCAGGAAUUCAUCGGGACCCUUGAACAACUCAAGGGCAUAGUGGUGCCAUCUAUUGGACGUGUGGAAAGCCUUCUAGCCAUAAAUGGCACAGACCUGAAUGAGUACGCUUACAAGGUAAUCCAGGAUGCCAAAAGCCAGCUGAAGCAGGACGUUGCGAGGACCAUCGAGUCGGCAAGAAAAUACAAGGACAAGUUUCUCGAAAUGGUCAACGAGUACCUGAACCACACCAAGAGAGGGGUGGAAGAAAACGUUGGAGACUGCCGGGCCCUGUACGGAGUCUACAGCGCUGCUGUGAGCUCCGUCUGCGAUGAUGUCCUCUUGCCACUGAAUGGCUACUGGUUCAGCGUUGCCGCGUUCCUGGUCGUGGGCAUUCCAGCCGUCAUGUUUGCCCUGUGCCUGGCUUCGCUGUACGCCAGAGUGGACCCGGCAACCUUGUACCUGGACCCACUGAGUCCUGUAGACUCGGAUCACGUGUCUGGAGGCAGCUACAUGGACAGUGACACCAUCCCGCUUGCACGGCUGAAAAAGGUACCCCAGCAAAACGGCCAAGACAAUAAAGGCUACGAUAACCAUCCGUACCAGCGUGGUGUGAACCACAAGCGUCGACACACGGGAGGCAACAGCGCUGUCGUGAACCGGGCGUCGUACGACAGCCGCGACGGCUACUACCAUGACAUCAGUCCCGAAUACCGCGAGCACCCUGUUGCACCGCACCACCGUCCCGUGACGUCGCCCGCCAUCGCCUACUCGCCCGCACCCGCCUACCACUACUCGCGUGACCCGGGCAUCCCACACUACGCCAAGGGCUAUGAGUCAGCGCCGCCACCGGCAGCACGACACAGCGGUGACUGGGAGAGCAACCAGUUCGCGAAGCCGCCACCGUACUACUACCCUGGCUCGUGAGCUUUCUCUCGCCGGUGAUCACUGGUCAGGAAGGUCGAAGUGGCUUGCGUGCCCCGCAAGGUGCCUCAACGUGUGGUGAUGUCUGGGCAGCGCUGGUUCCAGUCUGCUGGUGGUGUCUACCAUGUGGGGUCUUUGAAGCAGGCAGUAGUAGUUGUCAGAUUUUCAGGAGCAGAGGUGGUGCAUGCCACAAAUCUGCAGCGUACUGUUGGUGUCUGAUGUUUGUGUUGGUGUGCUGUUUGUUGCUGGUGGGUUAUGCCUAGUCGAGCUCCUAGACAAACUAGGUUAGUGGUCGCUGAUUUCUUGUGAGAGAGAUUCCAGCGGCCAGUUUGUUCUGGUGGCAGCAGCUCUGCUGGAGCUGGUGUACUGGUAGGUUAUGCCUAGACAAGCUGGUGCUCACUGAUUUCUUGGGCAGAUGGGUCGUAGUUUCUGCUCCAUUCAGGUAGUCGUAGCUGUGCUGGUGCCUGUUGCUGGUGCCGGUGUGUCGUUUCUUGUAGUUUUCCACCUGUCAGGAUGCUGAGGCAGCUACAUGGCUAUCGAUUUUGAAAGUGAAAAAUGUACCUACUGCAAGGGACUCUGAUGUCAAAAUAUCAGAUCUGCAUUGUUGCUCAUAGAUUCUGCAAAUGGUCUUCAAGUAUUAUAUAACCUGUGAAUCUUGGAGCUGUUAAGGCCAGGUCACUGGUUAUUUUCCAGCUAGGUUUUGGCCUAUAGCUGUUUUGAUUAUUUGAAGGCUCAGUAUUUAUUGUUUGUAUGUGGUAGCAGCAUCUAGGCAGUCUACCAGCAGCAAUAUUAAUGACACGUGUGUUUUGAGUGUGCUACAGGUAAGAGCUUAGCAUCAAGUUGGAGCAUUGUGUACCAGAAACAUUAGAAGCAAGCAGAAGGAUUGGCUGUGCAGAUCGCUGCUGCUGUAGUUGAAUGUCCAUGUGGUUUUGAUAUUGCUCAAUCUUUCUAGUGUUAUACAUUUGUGCAACUAAAUGGCUUCACUAGUAGCCCUAUAUCUAUAGUCUCUUGCUAAAGAUGUGUCAUGCUAAUUGAGUUUUAAAAAAGCAUAUUCCUGUUUGGAGUUGUUUGGAUGCUUCAUCUUUCAAGGAGCAAAUCAGUGAGGUCUCGCAGAUUGCUUGGCUCAAUGAACAUUAUGUUAACUUCUUACAAGCAGUUGACUGUAGAAUGUGUUUGAAGACUCGGUGAGACCUUUGUUACACAUUGUUUACUCGCAGUGUGUAAUUGUUUAACAACUGGAACUGAUGUUCCAGUUGUUAGUGCGUUGUUAUUGGUGUUGCAAGCGUUUGUUUUCCUGCCGUUUGUCAGAUUUCCUACACGACUUUAAUGCGCCUUUUGAGGGCGUUCAGAAAACUGGAAACUACAGAAUGGGACACCAGCAAUAUGUACCAGCACCGGCCCAAGGCACCAGCAGCUGCUGUAGUACUAGAACCAGCCCCUAGACGGUACAACAGAUGUUUUGAUACCCAUGCCAUGGCUACUGUGCGAUACAAUUUUCUCGCUGCACCAAGACUGUUGAGUGGCACCGGUGUAACUUACCAGCACAAGGCACUGGCAGUUGUUAAAAUACUAGGACCACUUGGUAGCAUCUGUAGCACUACAGUAUUGAGUGUUGCAUCACAGUGUGAAGCAUAGCACUGGCUCUGCACCUUUUGAAUGUGACCGACUGUUCCUGACCGUGUUUGCAACCUUCCUUAUUACUUGUGCAAGCACGUCUUAUGCACCAAGCUCAUUAUUUCAUUUUAACCAUCAUAACAUUCUUUCUUGUCUAAUUAAGCUCCAGUUUUAGCCGUUGCUCAAAUUUUAAGCCGACGAAAAGGCCACUCGCGCUAACCACGGUGCCAUGGAGUAGAUGAUCGGUUUGUUUCGUCUCCCACUCACUUCCGCUCUAGUUUAUAACUUCCCACUUUUUAAUUCUAAGUCAAUAGGGAGAGGGAAACAAACUCGUCUACUGUUACUAGUUCAGGUUCUUUGGUUUCCGUAGGCAUUCUUUCUCUUUAUUUUUUAACUCUGGAAAGGUUCUUUUGUGUCACUUGACAAAAGUUCUGCAGUGUCAUUGAAACCAUCUGAUAGGCCAGGUCUUAUUGUAACAUUUGUUUAUGUGCAAACACUCUAAUCGUUUUCUGCCAACAAGCUCUUUGUGGAGGCAGGCAGAGCACACUGCCAGUUAUGUGUUGACCAAGCCUACCAGGACACUCAGUGCCAGCGUAGAAGUAGGCUGCCAUUUUAAUUGCACUGUCACACAAACCUCUGCUGGUUUAAGCAAGCAUUGGCUCAUUCGUGCUUGACAUUUCUGUGUUUGUGUGUGAGUGUGUGUUAUUCUAUGCACUUGUGUUUCGUUUCAUCACCACGCUGUCUGAUCCCUGCUAUCUCUAUUUUAAGUGUUUGGCUUGUGUGAAAUGGCCCGUGUGUGUUUUGGUGGACUAGAGUGCGGGCAGCGCAACAGUGGACGUCGUGGUGGUGCGGUGCUCGAGGGACUGUGUAGUGCGAUGCGCAGAACUUUUUGAUUCGUCAAGUCUGCUCCGUUGGAGGACUGCUUCUUUGUCGGUGGGCUUUGGGCGCCAUCCAGCGUUCAACAGAAUGGAUGUUGAGCUACCAAAGGAAUUCAGCGUUGCAAACGUGGACAAGAGUGCUGUAGAACAUGACUUUGGGGGUGUUUUGUAGUGGCAAUACUGCUUUGUUAUUUGGUGGUUUUUUUUAGUACACCUGAAUAGUGUGUGGACUCCUCAGAAGCUUGCUGUACUGUUGGCACGAGUGCAGUUUUCCAAGACUGCGGGUAACGAACACGUCGGCAAACUUUGUGACUAGUUUUGAUACGUGUCACAAGAUCAGCCAGCGACGACAUACUCUUGGAGGCCAAGCGACAUCCACUUAGUGUGCUACAGCCAUGUGCAACCAAAAGCAUGUGUCAUGCUUGCAACAAGUACACUUUAAAGGUUCUGGCCACAUCCUCUGGCUUCUUAAGGCAUGGGUGGUGACAUUGUCUAGUGCAUUGAUUCUGUGAGUAGUAUUUUUCUGUAUGAUUGGUUCACAAGACGUAGGGAUAGCUUACUGCCCACUGAGUUAGACGAUUGGUGUAGUCCCAUCCCCCGAGGCCUUAUCGCCAUUAUCUUAAAGAAGUUUCAAAACCGCUUUGAACGCUCAAGUUCAGCUUUGUUACGAGAUAGGCCAUUUUUGUUAGCUGAUGUCUGACCCAACGCGAGAAAAAGCUCUAUAUGCAAAAGAAUUGGGAGUAACUCGUAGGUGUAGUGUGUUGGUAGCUCACCUGCAUUUCCAUGCUUAGCCAAGCCUUCCUGGCUGAGUCCACGUUGUCCACCAUGUAUGUAGCCAUUUCACGCUUUUCUAUCCAUGCUCUUUUGCGGUGUGCAAGCAAGCCAUGCAUCAUGUUUUUGUGGCCACUGUUUGUCGUUGGGGUACAUGGUGCAAUUCUGUUGCGAGUGUCGUUAAGCUGUCCCAGGACUCGGUCGGGUGCCAUCUGUGUUGCUGCUUAUUGCAUUUGGAGCUUUAGGUGGCACUGGUAUUUGCACUGAAGUUGUAAUCGGCAGUGCUAAUUGAAGUGUUCGCACGUUGGAAGGUGUGUUCCAGAGUGCGACGAAAAAAAGAUGCGGGGCUUCAGACUUGGAACCUGCCCGUGUUCUACCGCAUACGGCACAGAAAUGCAGCGCGAUGACGUGCCAAGUUUUGCGAGGCUCAUGCGCCAGUUUCGAAUUGCGCGUGUGGCUGUGUGGUGUCAGGAACGAAAGCAGUGCUGUCUAUCGUACAGAUGCGCAGUUCAUUCUCUGAAGGAACAUAUUUCGAUCGCGCACUAAGUUCGUUCUUUAACUGUUUUUCCACAGUGUAGACGACGCACUGACAGUUGUUCAAAGGGCAGGAGUUGUGUUGCUUGUUCUUGCCUGUAUGUCAUUUGCAAUGUCUAAAAACGGUAAUGAAUUGCCAACAAGCCCGUCUGGACAUCUCAGAACAAGCGAGCGUUACUUUCCUUGUCGAACAACCGCCGAGGUUGAUUGAAAAGAAAAAGUACUAGUAUAUGUAUAGAAGGACCCCACCACGUCUUUAGCAGUUUGUAGGGGGAAUGGUCGCCCAUGGCUGGUUGCAGCAGUGUUUUCUGGGACCCUUUUUGUGUUUGUCUUCAGUAGCCUCCUGGUACCUGCUUUUGUUGCCAUGCCAGUGUGUGGACCGCCACGCCAAAGCAUCUACACAUUUUUCAUGCUUGAGGAAAAGCUUUCUUCGGAACUGUGAUGGUUUCUGGCCAACUUUUACGUAUUUGUUGACAUAGCUCUCUUGCAGCGGUUUUGAAUUUCCUCUCUAACUCGGUUGUUGUCACAUGAGACUCAAGGUUCUUGUUUUUUUAAUAUUUCCCUUGUACUGUACUGUAGCAGCUCGCACCUUACUGGUUCACAAAAGUGUGUUUACUUGUUGCAUGAUCAUUUCUUGUUGCCAAUGUACGUUCUGUAGCAAAGAGACGUAGGUUUGCGUGAUGCUCAUUGCCAUCCAACAGUUAGGCACGUUGCUGGUACCAGCAUUCAGGUACCAGUGGCAGUCAAGCAGCAGCAAAUUUUACGUAUCACACCAUGGUGGGGCACUUCUUUUUCCCACAGAAGAGAUCACCAGAAGUUUGAAGACAAGAUGCAUCUUUAAGGCUUUGAUUUAGCUGCAGUGGCUAUGCCUCUCUGGCAUUGUUUGUCGUUUUGCAGUUAGCGUGGCAGCAGAGCUUGCCUAGUGUAUGGUAGUCUUAGCACUGUAAUAUGUCCUUCAAGGGCACUUACUUGCAAUGCUCGGCGAAUGGGUGGGAAGGUGCACAUUGCACGCUCGGUUUUUUCUGUGUAAUAGCAUGCAGCAGCAGCUCGUUCGUUGCCUGGUCAUCGUAGUGUUACCGUGUGCAAUGUUUCCCAAGGCAUGGAGGCCCGGAGGGUUGUUGGCCCCUGUGCCCCGUACCUUUGUGACUGUACCCUCUGUCCCAUCAGCCUUGUAGUGGUUAGGCCACGCUGAGCCGAUACCCCGUACGAGAGGUGUCAUCAGCAGCACUGUUUCUAUCCUGUCAGUAUACUGGCUGUACAAGAUCCGUGGGUUCGUCUACACAGCCUGUGCUCAGUUUUUAGAUGUUCAUCCAUUAUUUCUCCAUCCCUAGUAACUAAGCGUUGUGUAGGCAAUUGAACAAACGUGGCUUCUUCAAGUUGCACGACGUCAUCUUGCAUAGCAGCUCGAAACUUCUCCGUGCCAAGGGUGGGGGAAAAAAAAAAGAAGGCGUUUUCUUCUUUCAAGUUCAAAAACAGCGCCCUCUGUUAAGCGAUGCCAUAGACAUGGGGUUAAUGACAGCCUGUACAGCUAUAAUUUAGAGCCUACGUACGAAGUGCCUUUGAACAAAUCUUUAUCGUAGAGUUGAAAGCGUGACCCCCUUGUAGUUUUAAGCUGUUGAACGAAGAAGUCUGUUAUUUUAAUACUGCUGUUGAAAUCGCCAAACGACAAGCUACACCAAGCGAGUCGUAGAUUAUGCACAAGACAGAUAUUAAGGCCAUAAAUAAGGCAUCAAAUAUAUAUUAUAUACAUGUUAUAUACACCAUAUUUUGGGCUGUGUCAUGUAGUAUACAUUGUGUGCAUCGUACACCGCUAUGUUCCCGUUGUUCGUUUCCGGUGGUGCCAUUCUCUCGCGGCUGGUAAUGGUGGUGCCUGGUAUAUUCCUUUAUAAUGAUCUCCGUGUGGUAAUAACUGAAAUGGUGGAUUCUUGUUGCUGUUUUUCUUUUUUUUUUUUUCAUUGUGUUAAUGUGCUGUAUUGUCGUACUGAGUUCUCAAAGUGCCCUUCUUUUUAAAAACGUUUCACAAGCGAGUGUUGUUUUCGGGUUUGUGUAUUGAUGCAUCUAGAUUUAAGAUGUGAUACGUGAUAACAGGUUUCUGCAAUCAUUGGAAUGUUGCCGAGCUAUCUGGUGCUCUGCGAAGAAAGCCAGUUGUUCAGAGUACGUUUUGAUGUCAUCUCCCCAGUACUCCCCCCCCCCUCUCCACAUUUUUUUUAUUCCAAAGCUGGUAGAGGUUUUGGCAUCCUGCAUGUUCAGUCUACAGGAAGUGAGACAUUGGUAGCCUGGCUUUUCGUGCAACGUUGCGUGCUCUAACAAACAACGAACAAUUUAUCUUCAUUGAAAAGCUCGGCAGGCCACAAGUUCUCGCUUGACCAGUCUAGGUUUUUGACAAGGCAAAGCAAGACAGCAUAAUGAUGUUAUGCAAAAGAGAUAACGUCGUAUUCGUGAAGGGGAAAUAAAAUGCUCGUGCUGCAAUGUCAUGUGAAUUACAUCAGUGAGGGGCCUGUUAGGGAACAUUGCUUUCCAUGCAAGACGGAACAAGCAGGAUGUGUGCCUACCACCACUCCAAGUCCGUACAUAUGUCGUAUAUGGCGGGAAGCCCAUGAAAGAUAAAUAACCCUAUCACGUGGUGGUUGAAUAAAACUGUUUGAAUGUUCCAAACUG